UGUUCCUGUUUUAGCCUUAGGAAAGCCAGCCAUCAAAUCAUCCUAGGACUGGAGUUUUAGGCCUUGGGAUCUAUUAUCCCCUGAGCACAUUACCUCAUUUGUAUGGAGUCCUCAAUGUUUCAUCUUCUGGAUCAGACCAACACAAGAAGAUAAAACCACCGGCUCUCAAAGUGAAGCUACUAAAGAUCAAUACUUCUGAUAUCUCGUCUGCCUGAUCUGUCUCAUGGGGGAAACAAAUCAAGAUGGCUACAGGGCACUGCUCAAUGAAGGAAUGGAAAAUGAAAUGGAAAUAUUUGGAUACAGGACGAUUCUAUGGCGCAAGGGACUUUGCAUUAUGGGAUAUAUCUUUUCCUUUGGAUUACUAUGGCUUCUAUUUUACUGGAAGCCAGAAUGGGAGGUCUGGGCAUAUUGUGAACCCUGCUUGCUGGAAAAUGCGAAUGUUUUUUUGCUCAGGUCAACGGAUGAAUUUAAGCAUUGCUCCAAAAAGAAUCUUUUAUGGACUCACCUUUCUAAACAAGAUUCAGUGCUGCUUCAAACAUCAGACAAGCUCAGCACUAAAGAUGAAUAUUCCAUCAUCAAUAAAGCAAUCAUGAUGCCUGAACAUAAAGUGAGAUAUAUUCGAGUUCAGAAGAUAAAGUAUGUCUGGUUACUUUCAGAAAAAAAGUUUCAAAAAGCUGGAGCCCUUGAGGAUCUCUAUUCAUGUUCACAGAUACACUCAAGGUUUGGGUCUGGACUCACACAAGAAGAGCAAACAUUGAGGAGACUAAUCUGUGGCCCAAAUGCAAUUGAAGUUGAAGUUGUUCCAGUAUGGAAAUUACUUUUUAAAGAGGUUUUAAAUCCAUUUUACCUUUUUCAAAUUGCCAGUCUUAGCUUAUGGCUGGCUGAAGGAUACAUUGAAUAUUCAGUAGUUAUAAUAAUUAUAACCCUGAUUUCAGUCAUCCUCACUGUAUAUGACCUUAGACAGCAAUCGGUAAAACUCAACAGACUGGUUGAAUCGAAUAACAGUGCCAGUGUCACAGUGCUAAUGAAGGAUGGAGACAGUUAUGAUGUGGAAUCUCGGCAGUUGGUUCCUGGAGAUAUAAUUGUCCUCACCGGAAAGAGAUUUUUCCUCCCUUGUGACUGCAUCCUGCUGGAAGGCAGCUGUAUUGUAAAUGAAGGAAUGCUUACAGGAGAAAGCAUUCCUGUCACAAAAACUCCCCUGGACCGUUCCGAGAGCGCCAAACCAUGGAAAAUUCAAAGUGGGGAAGAUUACAAAAGACACGUGCUGUUCUGUGGGACUGAAGUCAUUCAGGCAACAUCAACUGGAGCUGACCCUGUCACUGCUGUAGUCGUGCAAACAGGUUUUAACACAGCUAAAGGCGAUAUGGUGAGGUCAAUCCUAUAUCCGAAACCCAUGAACUUCAAGUUGUAUCAAGAUGCUCUCCGGUUCCUUAUGUGCCUAGUUGUGAUUGCUGCUGUUGGUUUUAUCUACUCUGUGAUAGUAUUCAAAGUUAAAGGGGCAUCUGUACGGGACAUAAUUAUCAAGUCGAUAAUAGCAAUUACAGUGGCAAUACCUCCCAUUCUUCCAGCAGCAGUGGCAACAGCUCUCAUGUACUCACAGAAGAGACUAAAGAAAAAAAAGAUCUUUUGUAUCAGCCCUCAAAGAAUUAAUGUUUGUGGACGAGUUAACCUGGUUUGUUUUGAUAAGACAGGCACUUUAACAGAGGAUGGACUUGAUCUUUGGGGUGUUAUUCCAUGUACUGAAAACAGAUUUCAGAAGCUUCACAUGUUUGCAGAUGGAAAUGAUUUGCCCUGGUGCCCAUUACUUGGAGCAAUGGCAAGCUGCCAUUCUUUGUUAAUAUUAGAUGGAAAAAUUCAAGGAGAUCCCCUGGACGUAAAGAUGUUUGAAGGCACAAAUUGGAUCAUAGAAGAUUCCAAUACAGAGAAUAACCACAACCAUAAUCUCCUAAUUAAACCAGGCCCAAGGUGCAGUCCAGUUCCAGUCAAAGGAAUUACCAUUUUGCAGCAGUUUCCAUUCUCCUCCAGCCUUCAGCGUAUGUCUGUGAUAGCGCAGGCAAUAGAAAGUGAGGAAAAUAUGGUUUUCAUGAAGGGAGCUCCGGAGAUGGUAACACAAUUUUGCCUUCCAGAAUCAGUUCCAGCAAACUUUGCAAAUGAACUGCAGCUGUACACACAACAGGGAUAUCGAGUUAUAGGUCUGGCAUAUAAACCCCUGCAGGCGUGUGACAAGGGACACAAAGAAAAUUACCUAAGGGAAGAGGUAGAGUGCAGCCUAAUAUUUCUUGGCCUUCUCAUAUUAGAAAACCGGUUGAAAACUGAAACCAUCCCAGCAUUAAAUGAGCUGAACAAUGCUCUAAUCAAGACAGUGAUGAUCACAGGAGACAAUCUUCAGACAGCAAUUACUGUUGCAAGAAGUUGUGGCAUUGUCCAAAGGCAUGGAAGAGUGAUACUGGCUGAAGCUUCAGAACCAAAUGGAAGCAUCCCUGCCAGCAUUACAUGGAAGGAAGUGGAGACAAAUCUCCAUGUUGUGCAUGAUAACACAGAGACAACUGACCCAGAAAAAAACAGUGAUGCUCAAAAAUCCUGUCCAUAUUAUUUCGCCAUGUCUGGAAAAACGUAUGGAAUUAUAGUUCAGUAUUUCUACAGUUUACUUCCAAAGUUGCUGCUGAAUGGAGCUAUAUUUGCAAGGAUGUCUCCGGGGCAGAAAGCAAACCUCAUAGAGGAAUUUCAGAAAUUAGACUAUUACGUUGCCAUGUGUGGAGAUGGAGCAAAUGAUUGUGGAGCUUUGAAAAUGGCCCAUGCCGGGAUAUCCCUUUCCGAACAAGAGGCCAGCGUAGCAUCACCUUUUACUUCACAGACUGCGAAUAUUCUGUGUGUCCCACAGCUUAUCAAGGAAGGCAGGGCUGCCCUUGUCUCUUCAUUUGCUGUCUUCAAAUAUGUAACCCUGUACUCUAUGAUACAAUUUAUUUGCAUGCUGCUUCUUUACUGGAAACUGAAAAUGGUGGGGCUCUACCAAUACCUUUUUCAGGACGUGGGAAUCACCAUACUGGUCUCCUUAACAUUGAGUUUAACUCAUCCCUACCAGAAACUGGCUCCCUACAGACCUCCAGCACAGCUCAUAUCACCACCACUGUUGCUCUCAAUCAUCUUCAAUAUUCUCCUCAGCCUGGCCAGUCAAAUUUGUGGCUUCUUAUUGGUACAGCAGCAACCAUGGUACAGCACAUCAAACUACAGAGCCUGUGCACCAACAACUGAAAACAUUACCGCAGUUGGAUUCAACAUCUCGAACACAAACAGUACCGGAGUUGAAGAGAAUCCUGAAUUUGAAAACUAUGAAUCUACAACCCUAUGGCCAAUAACAACCAUCAACCUUAUUAUUGUAGCAUUUGUGUUCUCCAAAGGAACGCCUUUCCGAAAACCAAUCUAUACAAACUAUUUAUUUUUCUGUUUACUGCCAAUACAGCUAGCUGCCUGCCUUUUUAUCCUAUUUGCUGAUUUAAAAGGUCUAUACAGAGCCUUUCAACUUAUCUGCACCCCCACUAUAUGGAGGAUUUCCAUUCUUAUUAUUGUACUUAUAUACUUUCUGGUGUCCUUUGCUGUAGAGGAGCUGUUCAUUGAAAAUAGACGUGUCUGGCUCUAUUUAAAAAAGAUUUGUAAAUACUAUUCAAACAGCAAGUACAGGGUGUUGUACAGGAUGGUGCAAAAUGAUUCCAGAUGGCCACCGGUGGAUACGAAACAAAAUGCUGACAAUACAGAAAGCAAUUUAGAAGGCUAUGCCAAUGCAUGCUUUAUAAAGGAUGAGAAUGAAAUCAAAGAAUAAUCAGGGAAAAAUCAGUUUUAUUUACUGUAGUGCACAAGUUCUGGGUACUUGCCAAGGACAAUAUUUAUUUAACAAACUUGCUAUUUUGAACUGUGUUAGUAAAAAAUAUUUUUAUAUAACAUUAAGGGGAAUGUAAAGUAUACAGUGACAAUGAGUACAUGCAUGAAAUGCAACCUCGUUAAGGCUAAUGCCACACAGGUUGUUGUAUGAACACCAGUGCAGAAAAUCUGAUCCUCUGCCUUUCACCCCCUGUAUGAGUUUGCACUGGCACAGGAUCAGCAGAGACACAGAGUAGAUUUUUGUGGAAAAAGAUGAUGCAUUUUUGUGCUGAAAUUCACUUGCAUUGGCAGGAUGAUCUUGUCGCUUUCAGUGCACAAAGAUACAGGUGACCCUUUUUUGCCGCGGUGCAUUUUCACUGAGGUUUUGUGAAACAAUUCGCUAAUGACGAAAUGCGGCAAUUCUCUGCAAAUCCAUGCCUGGCGAAAAAAUUUGCUCAUCACUAGUAUUAAGGGCACCUCUGCAGUUCUGUGAAUACUUAUGUAAGGUGUGAAAAUAACUGGUCAUUUAGUAAAGUAAAAUGUUCACGCACUAUACGGUAGAUUUAUAUAGAUGAGAUUUUUGCUAAUAUUCCCAUAUAUUUACUACUUUGCCCAUAUAAUACAUGAAUAUGAAAGUUUUAUUUAAUGACUGUUUUUAUUUGAUUCUAUCCUUAGCAUUUUUAUUUUUUAGAAAAAUGUUUUUUCAUCUUAUGUAUUAAUUACACAUAAAAGGAGUUUACAUAUAAUACCUUUAUUAAUUGUUUUUUAGCCAUAACAUCACAAAAAUUACUCCUUGCUGCAAAAUACUGUAUGCCUGUUUAGCAAAUGUAUUAAGGGCCAGCAAUUGGUUUAUACAAAUAAACAUAAAUAUUCCCAAAUUA